UUUCAAAAAAGGAAUUUAGCUUUGUUCCAAGGCAACAUCUAUUUUGGACACCACCUAACACCUUCUCUAAGUCGAAAUUAUAUUAUUUUAUUUUAAUAGAAUUCUUUGAUCUUGGUUUUAUAUAUCUAAUAUACUUAUAGCGGCAAACCAAGUGCAAAAUGAAACGAUUUACGAAACUUCCCGCCGAAUACUAUCGUGUCGGAAGUGCUUUUGGCCACGGCUCAAGACCCAUCUCAUCAAUACCAACUCGAGAUUUUGUGAAGAACCUCCCGGAUGCUCCGUCAUCUCCAAAACUAGACUCGAAGACGAAAGCUCGCCAGUACACUGAGAAAUGGCGGCUACCAUCGCCGUCCACGACUAGGAAAAGUCUGUCCAGUAACAGGGCGAAGGUUGUCCCUUUGCCUAGACCGACCACGGUCCUCAACUCGACGAUCAACACUGCCGAUAGUUGGGAACCGUAUGUCGUGAAGUCAGGACUCCAGAACAGAGUUAGGCCGAUGUUCAAACUCGGAGCUUGUGUUACUUUGAGGUCGUUUUCGAAGAAGUUUUCCACAUCCCAAAUGGCUAGAGCGCCUACACCGAAGUCCACUCCGCCGCCGGCUGCCCCCGCGGCCCCGGCGGCCCCGGCGCCUCCCCCGGCGAAGAAGCCCCCGGCCCCCACCAAGACCCCCGGCCAGGAACCCCAGAAGCUCUCGUCCACUGCCGGGGCUGAAGGGAAGAUUAUCGCCGUGAUCGGAGCCGUUGUGGACGUGCAGUUUGACAAGAACCUGCCGCCGAUUCUGAACGCGUUGGAGGUGCCUGGACGAAAACCCCGUCUGAUAUUGGAAGUGGCGCAGCACUUGGGAGAGAGCGCGUGCCGCACUAUCGCGAUGGACGGAACGGAGGGGCUAGUGCGGGGACAGCCUAUUAUAGACACAGGCGCGCCCAUCACUAUCCCGGUUGGGGAGGGCACGCUUGGAAGGAUUAUAAAUGUUAUUGGAGAACCGAUCGACGAGCGUGGCCCCAUCGAGACGACAGAGUUCGCGGCUAUCCACGCAGACGCGCCGCCCUUCGUCGAGAUGUCCGUGGAGCAGGAGAUCCUGGUCACCGGGAUCAAGGUCGUGGACCUUCUCGCGCCAUAUGUCAAAGGCGGCAAAAUUGGCCUUUUCGGCGGCGCUGGAGUUGGCAAGACUGUGCUAAUUAUGGAACUAAUUAAUAACGUUGCCAAAGCCCACGGUGGAUUCUCGGUAUUUGCCGGCGUCGGAGAGCGAACGCGUGAAGGUAACGACUUGUAUCACGAGAUGAAGGUCGGGGGCGUCAUCACUGAUGACUAUAAGACCUCUAAGGUGGCUCUAGUAUACGGUCAGAUGAAUGAACCCCCGGGAGCUCGCGCCCGUGUGGCUCUCACGGGUCUGACUGUCGCGGAACACUUCCGAGACAAGGAGGGACAGGAUGUGUUGCUGUUCAUCGAUAAUAUCUUCCGGUUCACUCAGGCUGGGUCCGAGGUGUCAGCCCUGCUAGGCCGCAUCCCGUCCGCUGUGGGCUACCAGCCGACCCUGGCCACUGACAUGGGCACAAUGCAGGAGAGGAUCACCACCACCAAGACUGGCUCCAUCACCAGUGUGCAGGCUGUUUACGUACCAGCUGACGACUUGACGGACCCUGCCCCGGCGACGACAUUCGCCCACUUGGACGCCACCACGGUGCUGUCCCGGGCCAUCGCCGAGCUCGGCGUGUACCCCGCCGUGGACCCCCUGGACUCUACAUCCAGAGUCAUGGACCCCAACAUCAUUGGGCCAGAACAUUACGGCGUGGCUAGAGGCGUGCAGAAGAUUUUGCAGGACUACAAAUCCCUGCAGGACAUCAUCGCUAUCCUGGGAAUGGACGAGCUGUCGGAGGACGACAAGCUGACAGUGGCUCGCGCGCGCAAGAUACAGCGCUUCCUGUCGCAGCCGUUCCAGGUAGCUGAAGUGUUCACCGGCCACAUCGGGAAGCUGGUCAAAUUGGAAGAGACUAUUAAAGGAUUUAAGAGGAUCUUGGAUGGCGAGUUAGACCACAUCCCGGAAGCCGCUUUCUACAUGGUAGGGACAAUUGAGGAUGUUAUCGCUAAAGCUCAAGAUUUGGCGAAGAGCGUGUAGUUGUGAUAACCAUAUUUAUUUAUUAAAUAUCUAUAUAUU